GCAGCCUGCGCCUGAUGGGGUGGUGACGCGGCUCCAGCGCCAUGUGGUCCAACAGCAGUGUCCUGGGGCCCUGCUUCCGCCCAACAAACACCACGCCCGAGGAGCGGCGCCUGGUGGCCUCUCCCUGGUUCGCGGCCUCCUUCUGCGCCGUGGGCCUGGCCUCCAACCUGCUGGCGCUGAGCGUGCUGGCCGGCGCGCGGCAGGGCAGCUGCUGCCCGCGGUCCCCCUUCCUCACCCUGCUGGGCGGCCUGGUCCUCACCGACUUCCUGGGGCUUCUGGUCACCGGGGUCCUCGUGGUGUCCCGGCACGCCGCGCUCUUCGACUGGCGCACAGCGGACCCCGGCUGCGGCCUCUGCCACUUCAUGGGCGUGGCCAUGGUCUUCUUCGGCCUGUGUCCCCUGCUGCUGGGGGCCGCCAUGGCCUCCGAGCGCUACCUGGGCAUCACCCGGCCCUUCUCCCGCUCGGCGGCCGCCUCGCAGCGCCGCGCCUGGGCCACCGUGGGGCUGGUGUGGGCGGCGGCGCUGGCGCUGGGGCUGCUGCCCCUGCUGGGCGUGGGCCACUACACCGUGCAGUACCCCGGCUCCUGGUGCUUCCUCACGCUGGGGGCGCAGCUCGGGGACGCGGCCUUCGGGCUGCUGUUCGCGCUGCUCGGCGGCCUGUCGGUCGGGCUGUCCUUCCUGCUCAACACCAUCAGCGUGGCCACCCUGUGCCACGUCUACCACGGGCAGGAGGCCGCCCAGCAGCGCCCGCGCGACUGCGAGGUGGAGAUGAUGGUGCAGCUCCUGGGCAUCAUGCUGGUGGCCAGCGUCUGCUGGAUGCCGCUGCUGGUCUUCAUCGCCCAGACGGUGCUGCAGAACCCGCCUGCCAUGAGCCCGGCCGGGCAGCUGUCCCGGGCCACGGAGCAGCAGCUGCUCAUCUACCUGCGCGUGGCCACCUGGAACCAGAUCCUGGACCCCUGGGUGUACAUCCUGUUCCGCCGCGCAGUGCUGCGCCGCCUGCACCCGCGCCUCAGCGCCCGGCCCAGGUCCCUCUCCCUGCGGCCGCAGCAGGCCCAGGGCGCCAGGCUGCAGUAGGGCCAGCAAGGACCAGCCUCCCAUAAUCCUGUCCCCUCUCACCUGGCACCCGCCUGUCCCCAGGGCCCAGGAGCUGGGGCUCUGAGUGGACCGCGGACCGGAGCCGCGGGAGCAGGGGCCCCUCUGCGGUCCGCUGGGGGCCGCCGCCCUCUCUGAGGUCCCCUUCUCCCCAGCCGCGGACCCUUCGGCGCCCCAGGAGGGGCCAGGAGCAAGGCUGGGGGAGCUCAGAACGCGGGGCUCCCCUUCCCGAAACCCCGCGGAGGUGCGGGAAGCCGCGGCCGAGGACCUGGACGCUGGGGGGCCGGGGGCUCCCUCCGAACCCCGCCUGAGGAGGCUCUGCCUGGGGUGUGAGCGGGGUCCCCCCUUCAUGCCGAAAUAUAUCUCUGGGCCCCGC